CUGUCCAGCUGGAGGGUGCCCUUCCAUGGGGCACUAUUCAGACUCCUUAUACAAUAUCAGUGAUAAGCGACAAACCUUCUACUUAAACACUGGCCCAGAUCUCUCCCAUUUGUCAAGUUGGAGAUAUAAAGUUUCAGUAACAUUGAGAAGAAGCUCAGACACAUAUGGAAACAUCCACAUUUCCUUGUUUGGCUCUGAGGGCAAUAUAACGGAUCACAAGCUGUUCAGUGGCAAAGUCAUCCCCGAGAAUACAUAUUCUGCAUUUAUUGAUUCUGGACUAAAAUUACAUCCCAUUGACACUGUGACUUUCCGCUGGACACCGCUGCUGUCUAACGUCUUCCAGAUGGAGUUGGGAGCAGAGAGAAUAGACAUACAAGCAGGAGAAGAUGGAAGAAGAUCUUCAUUCUGCACAACAGGAACUGUCAGAAACAAUGUUGUACAAACCUUGGAUCCCUGCAGAGAAUAAGAAGAGUCUGUGCCCUCUGGCUGCAGCUACAGUGUGUGAUUGCAGACGUCACACAAUCAGAAGUGGCAGACCUAUUAGCUUUGGCUCCAGGGUUCUGCUAUCUUCUGCCUGGUGGAGGUUUACAGCUUCCGACACUGCUGUCACUCUCUCUCUGUAGCCUGUGUCUCUGGCACUCUGCAGCACAGCUUCCUCCAACUCCUGAGUCUAGGUCACCGCUGCCCACUGCUAUCACACUGUUCUGCUCACUUCCCAUAGAUUGGGCGCACUCUUUUUGGGGCUGCUGCAACACCCACCCCCUCUCACACUACCGACAGCUGGACACACUGCAGAAAACACUCCACGCUGACACUGCACACCUCCCACCAGAUGCAGGGCAUAUUUAACCUCUCUGGCUCCCCAGGGCAACCUUCCAUGGCUGGUAUUCCCGCUAUUUUUACAUCCAGUCAGGUGAGGGUAAGAAGACCUGUGGCUGUCUACAAUGUAUUGUCCCUGGGCUGCAUUAAUUCAGCGAAUAGUUAACAGUCUCCUAAAUGCAGACACACUAGCUGUCAUCCAUAUGAGGGCAGAACUGCCACUAGUGUAGCAGGUGCAUUGCACCGGGGCCCCUGAGGACUAAGGGGCCUCUUGCAGCCCAGACCAUCAAUGAUCCCCCUCACAGACCAUUUUGAGCAAAUGUCAGAUGAAUGGCUCAGUGCAGAGACCAGGGUGGGCUCCACUGCAUGAGGGGCCUCUUUCCUUAGGUAGGCAGGGCUGACCUUGUGUGUACUCAGAGGCAGAACUCUGGGAGGCAAUGGAGUCAUCUGCCGCCGGGCUCCUGCUCUGAAGGGGGGCACCUCUCCUCCCAUUCUGUGACACCAUUGAAUUAAGUUAAUUGAUAGCGGUCUCUGUCUUUUCAGUGGCCGACUUCCUCACUGGUCCCUGCACCUUACAAAUCACACCCUCUUUAUUAUACUGAAUAUACACAUUUCUCUAACGUCCUUGAGGAUGCUGGGACUCUGUAAGGACCAUGGGGAAUAGACGGGCUCCGCAGGAGAUAGGGCACUUUAAUAAAAGCUUUGGACUCUGGGUGUGCACUGGCUCCUCCCUCUAUGCCCCUCCUCCAGACCUCAGUUUUACACUGUGCCCAGAGCAAGAUGGGUGCACUGCAGAGAGCUCUCCAGAGUUCUCUGCCUAGAAGCAUUUUUGUUUGGAUUUUUCUUUCUACUUUUACUACUUUUUCACAGGGAGCACUGCUGGCAACAGGCUCCCUGCAUCGAGGGACUGAGGAGAGAGGAGCAGACCUUCUUGUCAAAGAUAGGCUCUGCUUCCUCGGCUACUGGACACCAUUAGCUCCAGAGGGGGUGAACGCAGGUUCUUACUGGGCGUCCACCCCCGGAGCCGCGCCGCCGUUCUCCUCACAGAGCUAGUAGUACAGAAGACAGAAGUCGUCAGGCGGCAGAAGCCUUCAGCUUCACUGAGGUAACGCACAGCACUGCAGCUGUGCGUCAUUGCUCCCAUACACCUCACAUACUCCGGUCACUGUAAGGGUGCAGGGCGCAGGGGGGGGCGCCCUGGGCGGCAAUAUAAACCUCUGCAUGGCAAAAAGACUAUAUACAUGUACAGGUGGGCUCUGUACAUGUAUAUAAAAGAGCCCCCGCCAUAUUUUACUAAGUUUGAGCGGGACAGAAGCCCGCCGCCGAGGGGGCGGGGCUUCUCCCUCAGCACUCACCAGCACCAUUUUCUCUCCACAACACUGCUGAGAGGAAGCUCCCUGGACUCUCCCCUGCUUACACACGGUGAAAGGGUGUUUAAAAGAGAGGGGGGGGGCACAUAAUUGGCGGUUUUCAUAUUAUACAGCGCUGCUGGGGAAAAACAAUUUGUGUUGGUCUCCAAGGUUAUUGCGCUGGGGUGUGUGCUGGCAUACUCUCUCUCUCUCUCUGUCUCUCCAAAAGGCCUUGACAGGGAUACUGUCUUCAGAAAGGGGUUCCCUGUGUGUGUGUGUGAAGUGUGUCGGUACGCGUGUGUCGACAUGUUUGAUGAGGAAGGCUCGCUUAAUGUGGAGGGGGAGUGCUUGAAUGUCAGGUCGCCGUCGGCAACGCCGACACCGGAAUGGGUGGAUAUGCUGAAUGUCUUGAAUGCAAAUGUCAAUCUAUUGCAUAAAAGAUUAGACAAGGCAGAAGCUAGGGAUCAGUCAGGUAGCCAGUCCAUGCCUGUCCCUGGGGCGCCAGUCCUUCGGGGUCUCAGAAGCGCACCAUAUUCCAGAUCGAUGACACAGAUACAGACACAGAUACUGACUCUAGUGUCGACUAUGAAGAUGCAAAAUUACAGCCGAAGGUUGCUAAGGGUAAUACGGUAAAUGAUUAUUGCCAUUAAAGAGGUUUUGCAUAUUACUGAGGAACCCCUUAUCCCUGACACGAGGGUACACAUGUAUAAAGGGAAAAAGCCUGAAGUCACUUUUCCAUCCUCAUUUGAAUUAAGUGACUUGUGCGAAAAGGCUUGGGAAUCUCCGGAUAGGAGUCCACAAGUUCCCAAAAGGAUUCUCAUGGCGUAUACUUUUCCACAAACUGAUAGGAUACGCUGGAAAUCCUCGCCUAAAGUAGACAAGGCGCUGACACGCUUGUCCAAAAAGGUGGCACUGCCUUCUCAGGAUACGGCUUCCCUCGAGGAACCUGCUGAUCGCAGGCAGGAAAUUACCUUAAAGCACAUUUACACUCAUUCAGGUACUAUUGCUCGACCGGCUAUGGCGUCGGCCUGGGUUUGUAGUGCGGUUGUAGCAUGGGCAGAUUCCUUAUCUUCGGAAAUUGACACCUUAGAUAGGGACGCCAUUCAAAUGACCAUAGAGCAUAUCAGAGAUGCUGCCUUGUAUAUGAGGGAUGCUCAGAGAGACAUUUGUUUAUUAAGCUCCAGAAUAAAUGCUAUGUCUAUUUCUGCUAGGCGGCUCUUGUGGACCCGACAGUGGACGGGAGAUGCCGAUUCAAAGCGGCAUAUGGAGUCCUUGCCUUACAAAGGGGAGGAGUUGUUUGGAGACGGCCUCUCGGAUCUUGUCUCUACGGCUACGGCUGGUAAGUCAAAUUUCUUACCUUAUGUCCCCCCGCAGCAUACAAAAAAGGCACCUCAUUACCAAAUACAGUCCUUUCGUUCCAAUUAAAACAAGAAGGUACGGGGAUCAUCCUUUGUCGCCAGAGGGAAAGGAAGGGGAAAAAAGCUGCACACAGCUAGUUCCCAAGAGCAGAAGUCCUCCCCUGCGUCUGCAAAGUCCACCGCAUGACGCUGGGGCUUUCCGGGGGGAGGCAGAUCUGGUGG